GACAAUUUCUCCGCUGCCAUACAAUGACAGAUAUCGAAAUCGAUCAGUUUAGUUUCGAUUCGAAUUCUGUCAGUUUUUCUUGCGACGGGCCAUCAUUUGAAAAACGAACGGUUAUUUUUCGUGUUUGUCGCACGCCGCGUUUUCGUUGCCGGUCAAAAUUUCACGCCUGUUAUCAAAUUAAGUGGCUGGCCUUUCAAGCUUUUUACAGUCUGCUUCAUGCCUAGCGCAUUCAAUAUGCUGAAACAAGGUGGUGGAGGAAAAGCUGGGGGAGCUUCGACCACAAUUUCAUGGGACCAUUUCUUCAAUUGACUGUUCCGCUACAAUCAGAAUCUGAAACAGGAGCAAAACCCCGGCAGUGAAACAGUUUACCGCUACAGAGAGCCCUCAGCAGAAACAUCAAUCAGGAAAUUGCCAUCAUCGACGCAGCCUACUCCCUCUUCGACACCUUCACACCAUUCCCCGGACGUUAGAGAUAACAGGAUGCAAAUCCUGCAAAAAAGUUCUCCGGACGCAAAAAUCUCGAGAAGACCUACAUAUAUGCGCUACAGAUCCUGUACCGGGUUCUCGAAACACAGGAAGAUUUCUUCAAUCCACUAGGCAUGAAAACCAAUGUGGACCACAUGCUUAACGUUACCUACAACUUGUUUCUUCCGGAGAACGCUCUAGUUUCCAUAAUGCGUCAACCGAACGUAAAUCCUAGGGCUGCUGACCCAAAAUGAGCGCACCAAAAAUGAAAUCCGUCAGGGUUUUGUGUUUGGAAAGCGAAGCAUCAGAAACAUUCUCGGAGAAUGAAGUUGAAUGUGGUCAGGAACUACAGGAGCAGCAGCACAAAAAUUCCCCAGCCCAAGAGAUACUGAUCGAUCACGGCUAACCCAAAAUGAGCGCACCAAAAAUGAAAUCCGAAAGGGUUUUGUCAAGUUUUUAGAAAGAGAAGCAGUAACAUUCUCGGAGGAACUACAGGAGCAGCACCACGAAACAGGCUCCGUUUGUUUGGAGCUGCAGUGCAAGAAAGCCAUCAUAGACCGGCUGCAGGAGUGUUUGCCGCAAAGCACCCCCCAAUUUGGCACACUAUCUGUUUGGGUUUGACCUGAGCAAAGAACUUUGACUCACCAAUUUGCAGCAACCGGGGGUGCUUCCCGAGCAACUGCAGCAUAUUUUGCUGCUGGAUCAAACCUUGGAGGAAGGUAGGUAUUUAGGAUUUAUUUUUGUGAUUUGUUUUUUUUAAGAAUUUUUUUUUCUAGGCCAUCUCAAUUCCCCAGCCCAAGAGCUACUGAUCGAGCCCGGCUAACCCGAAAUGAGCGCACCAAAAAUGAAAUCCGUCAGGGUUUGGUGUUUGGAAAGCGAAGCAUCAGAAACAUUCUCGGUGAAUGAAGUUGAAUGUGGUCAGGAACUACAGGAGCAGCAGCACAAAACAGGCACCGUUUGUUUGGAGCUGCAGUACAAGAAAGCCAUCAUAUACCGGCUGCGGGGUGUUUGCGGCAGCAGAGCACCCCCCAAUUUGGCACACCAUCUGCUUGGCUUUGACCUGAGCAAAGAACUGCUACUCACCAAUUUGCAGCAACCGGGGGUGCUUCCCGAGCAACUGCAGCUUAUUUUGAUGCUGGAUCAAGCCUUGGAGGAAGGCCAACUCAAUCCUCCAGCCCAAGAGCUACUGAUCGAGCACGGCUGACCCAAAAUGAGCGCACCAAAAAUGAAAUCCGAAAGGGUUUUAUCGAGUUUUUUGGAAAGCGAAGCAGUAACAUUCUCGGAGAAACUACAGGAGCAGCACCACAAAACAGGCUCCGUUUGUUUGGAGCUGCAGUGCAUGAAAGCCAUCAUCGACCGGUUGCAGGAGUGUUUGCCGAAGCAGAGCCCUCCUUAAUCUGGCACACCAUCUGCUUGGCUUUGACAUGAGCAAAAAACUGCAAUUUGCAGCAACCGGGGGUGCUUCCCGAGCAACUGCAGGCUUCGACGCUGGGUGACAAAAAAAGCAAAUCUGAAAUGAAUUUCGUUGAUCCGAUUUAGUCACCCGAGCGAGGCAAAAGAUUGGUUGACAAGACCAAAGAUAAAGAUGCCACCAUCCGAAUUGUCAAUAUUGGUGAUAUUAUCAAGAAUAAGGCGUCGAGUACUUCGGAUGUUAGGAAGGUUGGUAGAAAAAAUGCCUGUG